AUGGCUCAGGAUCUCAGAAUGAUCACCCUGACUAGAUCUAGCCUGGAGGCCCUGAACAGAAACCAGAUGCUCUCCAAAAAGAGCAAUAGGAGAAUUUUGAAGAUAUGCAUAUACACAAUUCUGGCAUUUGUGAUGUCCGGUGUAGUGUUCAUAUGCCUCACUGCCAUAUGGAGCAAUGAUGGAAACCUUCCCCAGAGCGACAAGCUCAAAGGCCCCUCUUUCACCCCUGGUGGUGGAGAUAUCCUCACCAAGGCUGAAAUAGAAACCCUGAAAAUUAUUUUUUCAAAUUACCCCCAAGGGGACAAAGAAUUCGCUGGAGAUCAAGUGGAAACGUUAGCAGAUGCCGCCAUAUCUAAUGAAGCGGAUCAAAAGAUAAAAAUUGCAGACACGGGCAAGCACAUCAAAUUGAUGAAAAAGUAUAACGAAAUUUUCGCGGACAUGAGUGAGGAGAACAAAGAAGAGUUAGCAAAAAUGUUGAGGGAACUUUUGAAAAAAAAAAUGAAUGAGAAGAAACAAAAAAAUAAAGACCCAAAUGGUAAUUGUGAAGAAGGGAAAGAAGUUAUCAAUAUGAGCUUGUCCAAUUUUAAUUACAAGAGAGUCAGCGCCAACCAAGAUAAUAAUGACGACGAGGAAGAAGUGAGUGUGCCGCAAAUCGAAGGUCUAUUCUUCAACCUGAAAUACGCGUCGAAAUUUUUUGACUUCAUGAAGAAGUAUAACAGAAGCUAUAAAGACAUCAAUGAGCAGAUGGAGAAAUAUAAAAAUUUCAAAAUGAACUAUCUCAAAGUUAAGAAGCACAACGAAACAAACCAAAUGUACAAAAUGAGGUUAAACCAGUUUAGCGACUAUUCGAAGAAAGAUUUCGAGAGUUAUUUUAAAAAAUUGCUGCCCAUCCCGGAUCACUUGAAGAAGAAAUAUGUAGUUCCGUUCGCUUCCUUGAAGAACGGAAAAGGUAAUAAAGUGGCUAGCAAUAAGAAUGCUGACCUUUUUACCGACAUGCCAGAAAUUUUGGACUAUAGAGAAAAAGGAAUUGUACAUGAACCCAAGGAUCAAGGAUUGUGUGGCUCCUGCUGGGCAUUCGCCAGUGUAGGAAAUGUUGAAUGUAUGUAUGCCAUGGAACAUAACAAAACCAUUUUAACUCUGAGCGAACAAGAAGUGGUCGAUUGUUCGAAAUUAAAUUUCGGAUGUGAUGGCGGACACCCAUUUUAUUCAUUCAUAUAUGCCAUCGAAAAUGGAAUAUGCUUAGAGGACGACUAUAAAUACAGAGCUGUGGAUAAUUUAUUUUGCCUAAGUUAUAGGUGUAAGAACAAAGUCACCCUCUCCUCUGUUGGUGGGGUGAAAGAAAACGAAUUGAUACUUGCAUUAAAUGAAGUAGGUCCAGUAUCUGUCAAUGUCGGUGUAACGGAUGAUUUCUCCUUUUACGAUGGAGGAAUAUUCAAUGGCACAUGUACGGAAGAAUUAAACCACGCCGUUCUUCUUGUCGGUUAUGGCCAAGUGCGGAGCAGCAAAAUCUUACAACAAAAUAAUGUUUAUGAUAAUAAUACCACUGGAGUUAUGAAAAAGGGAGAGACUUCCUCGCCAUCAAAGGGCGAUGACGGUAUUCAGUACUACUGGAUUAUCAAAAAUUCUUGGGGUAAAUAUUGGGGAGAAAACGGAUUCAUGAGAAUUAGUCGAAACAGAGAGGGAGACAAUGUGUUUUGUGGAAUCGGUGUGGAGGUUUUCUACCCCAUUUUGUAA